AAAUACUUGAUAUUUUACAAAAAUAAAGUUUCAUUAAUUCAAAUUUUCUUCGAAAUGAGAGGACUUGGAUCGAAGAAAAUAAAGAGUUUAAUGCAUUUAAUGCUUGCUGGAAAUGAGCAGAUUGAAUCUGGCGAUCAAUCGCCAAAAAAUGACCGUGCAUCUGCUGAUAAAGCUGAAUUGAAAUUAUUGUUGAAGAAGUUCCGAAAAAGUAAAUGUCUGGAGGGGUUGCAACGGGCAAUUUCAGCAGAGAAUUCGGAAACACCCUGCGUUGUCUACACAAUACCCCCAGAAGAACGGACUGCAUAUAGUGGCCAAAUGAAAUCCUUUCCUCAUUUUUUAUGUUGCAAGUAUUGCAGAUUUCAAAGUAUGUUAUUUUUAAAAAUUAAUAGAUUAUUAUGUAACACAUAUGUCCGACAUUAUGAGUAG